AUGUCGAUUGACAUCAACUGGCACACCAUCACCGGCGGCGCAGAGGGCUCCGCUCGUGCCGAGACGAUCCGCGCCUUUAUCCAUGACCGCUUCCAGCAGGUGACGCUGCCGCGCUUCAUCCGCUCCGUCCACGUGCACUCGUUCGACUUUGGCACCGUCGCCCCCGAAAUUGAAAUCAAAGACAUCUGCGACCCACUGCCUGAUUUCUACGAGGAUGAUGCGGAUUAUCCGGACGACGCCGAGUUUCCGGCCAGCGAGACGGGCGCCGACCCCAAGGCUCCAGCACCACGACCUGACGACAAGCUACGCGAGUCGAGAGACGCAUCCGCCCGUCCACCAAGGGACGGCCAUUGGAAAGAACGGGGUCGUGAGACAGCACACGUAGAGCAACCACUCCACCCUGACCAUGGCCGAGUACGCCCUUUGCAGCCCGCCGCUCGCCCCUCGACCAAGCGGGCGUCAUUGGCUCCCAACGAGAUAGGCAGCCCAUUCUUUCCUGGCUCCCUCACACCAGGCAUUCCCGGUGGCACCUCCAACAUGAACUACUUUCAUCUUCCUCUGAGCGCAGGCCUGUCUGGCGCUGCAACGCCGCUGGCCGCCGUUGCUGGCGCACAGUUACACACCUGGCUUGACAAUUCUCAUGGCCGGCCAGCAACACCGACCAAUAUGCGUCUCCGGCACGCUGCAUCUGUCAACUCGCUAACGCUCACGCCACAAUCCCAUCCAGACCCUAGCUCGCGCCCUUCUUCACGGCACCAGCACGACGACGGCAAGAGGCAGUCGUUUGCUGGGUCAGACGAUGGUGCUUCUCAACAAGGCUUUGCCCGCACGCCAUCAGUGUCUCCCCACCGCAUGCACGAAAAGAGCCCUGAUGAUAUCCAGGUCGUGACACACGUGCAAUAUUCGGGCGAUAUCAAAAUGUCCCUGACUGCAGAAAUCCUGCUAGACUACCCCAUGCCAAGCUUUGUCGGCAUCCCCCUCAAACUGAACAUCACUGGCCUCACGUUUGACGGCGUUGCCAUUCUCGCAUACAUCAAGAAGCGGGCCCACUUUUGCUUCCUGUCGCCUGACGACGCAGACGCCUUGGUCGGCACCGACGCUGGGUUCAACGGCCUCCAGACCGACGCCCAAGGCCAGAAUCCACGCCCGGUGCCGCGACCCAAGAUUGGAGGGCUACUGGAAAACAUCAAGGUCGAAAGCGAGAUUGGCGGCCAGGGCAGCGGCAAGCAAGUGCUGAAGAAUGUGGGUAAAGUAGAGUCAUUUGUCUUGGAGCAAGUCCGGCGCAUAUUCGAGGAUGAAUUCGUAUACCCAAGCUUCUGGACCUUUCUCAUCUAG